UCCGUUUGUUGUACACUUUCUUCGUAUUUGAAACAAGUCGCGGACAAUGACGACCUUACCGGGAACCGUGCCGCGGAUGAUGCGCCCGGCCUCUGGACAGAACUACCCAAGGACCGGCUUCCCACUGGAAGUGUCCACACCUUUAGGCCAGGGCCGAGUCAAUCAGCUGGGGGGCGUCUUCAUUAACGGUCGGCCCCUGCCCAACCACAUCCGGCACAAGAUCGUCGAGAUGGCCCACCACGGGAUCCGACCCUGCGUCAUCUCCCGACAGCUGCGGGUCUCCCACGGCUGCGUGUCCAAGAUCCUGUGCCGCUACCAGGAGACCGGCUCCAUCCGGCCCGGGGCCAUUGGAGGCAGCAAGCCCAGGCAGGUCGCAACGCCCGACGUGGAGAAGAGAAUCGAACAAUACAAGAGCGACAGCCCGGGAAUAUUCAGCUGGGAGAUCCGAGAUAAGAUGCUCAAGGACGGCGUGUGCGACAGGAGCAGCGUCCCUUCAGUGAGUUCCAUCAGUCGAAUACUGAGAGCUCGUUUUGGGAAGAAGGACGAGGACGACGACGAGUGCUUCAAAAAGGACGAAGAGGAGGACAAGAAAACCAAGCACAGCAUCGAUGGCAUCUUAAGAGACAAAGGCAGUCGAAUGGAUGAAGUGUCAGAUGUGGAGUCGGAGCCUGAUCUUCCCCUCAAGAGGAAGCAGCGCAGGAGUCGCACCACGUUUACAGCCGAGCAGCUGGAAGAACUGGAGAAGGCUUUCGAAAGAACCCACUACCCUGAUAUUUACACAAGGGAGGAGCUGGCCCAGAUGACCAAACUCACUGAGGCACGGGUGCAGGUGUGGUUCAGCAAUCGCAGGGCCAGAUGGCGAAAACAAGCAGGAGCCAAUCAGCUAACAGCUUUCAACCCUCUGUUGCCGAGCGGAUUUCCCCCCACAGGGAUGCCAACACUUCCUACAUACCAACUGGCAGACUCCAGCUACCCAAGCAAUAUUUUGUCCCAAGAUGGCGGAGGUACAGUUCACCGGCCCCAACCGCUACCUCCGUCCACUAUGCACCAGAGUGGUCUAUCCGGAAAUGACAGCUGUUCCACCUAUGGUUUAGCUUCGAAUCGCCACGGGUUUUCUGGCUACUCUGACACCUUCAUGACAUCUGCACCGAGCAGCCACGUCAACCCGGUCAGCACUGGGCUUUCCCCGCAGGUGAUGAGCAUCCUGAGUAACCCGAGUGGCGUUUCGUCCCAAGCCCAGCACGACUUUUCGGUGUCGCCGCUCCACGGCAUGUUGGAAGCCCCUCCACCCAACGCCGUGUCGGCCCCCGGCAGCCAGCGUUCCACGGAGGCCUCCAGUAAGACGGCGGACAGCCUUUCGUCUUCCCAGUCCUACUGUCCCCCAACGUACAGCGCUACCAACUACAGCGUGGACCCGGCUGUGGCUGCCGUGGGAUACCAGUACACUCAGUAUGGCCAGACUGCUAUGAAUUGUCUGGCCAAGAACGUGGGCCUGUCCAGCCAGCGCAGGGUGAAGCUGUCCGACCAUUCGGGUGUUUUGGGACUCCUGCAGGUGGAGACGGGUCAGGCUUAUUAGUCCUAAUGUGACCUCAUCAGCACAACAACACCUGCAAUACUAUCACCUUCAUUAUACCGUUAUGUCAAGAGAAUAAAUGUGAGCUACACAUGCAAUCAUUUUGUUUGAUGUUCUGACAUUUAAGUUCACAAGUCCAAGUACCAGCUUUUGUCAUUUGGAACGGGAACAUUUCAGCAAAUCUUUACAUUUUAGUAUAUAUUCAAACAUAUUUUUAAGUUGUUCCAUGAAGCCAUAGUGGCAUUUGUAAAUGGCUGUGGAACAGCUUCUAACAAGUGGAGGUUUUGUUUUUUUUGGUGAACAAAAUACUUUGCUCAGUUACAAUCAAUGGGACGGACGCAUACUUGGUGUCCACAAAUUUGAAUUUGGAAUUGUCAAAUAACUGGAAAUGCAACCAAUAAUUGAUAGGAUGAGAUUAUAUAUAUAUAUAUAUAUAUAUAUAUAUAUAUAUAUAUAUAUAUAUAUAAAUAACAUUUGGGGAAUUUGAAACACAUUCAACUCACAUGGACAUCCUUGUUUUGGUUUUUAAUUUUAAUAAUCAUCUUUAGGUACCUGAAUAUCAGUAUAAUACUCUGUGUCAAAUUAUUGUUAAAAAAUGUAUAUCUUUGUAAUAUAUUGUCAUCUUAUUAAGAAAUGUCAUGUCAAAUUUUUACGUUUUUUUUAAAUGUUUUUAUGUGAGAUACAUCAAAUGUAGUUGUCAAAAAGACACUACAAAUUUUCCAUUUUGGACAUGAUUACAUUCUCGUGAAGAAAAAAGCAGAUGAAAUUUGCAUUAUGAUUAUUAUGGUGGUUAAAACCACAUUGGCUUGUCUCAACUGGGUCCUUUGUAAUUCAUCCUCAAGUUAUUUCUUCAGUGUUGACAUUGACGCAUUUUGUGUGGAUCAAACAGACAUCAAUUGUCUUCUGUAACUAU